AUGUCACUAUGUAGAAGAUCUCUAAACCUAGGCCUAGUAUCCAGUGUGAGGCCAGGCAAGGGGCUGGAGCUGAGUGUAGUCACCAGGUCACAGACUGUUGUACUGAAGAUCUCUAAACCUAGGCCUAGUAUCCAGUGUGAGGCCAGGCAAGGGGCUGGAGCUGAGUGUAGUCACCAGGUCACAGACUGUUGUACUGGUAUGUACAUGAACAUGUCACUAUGUAGAAGAUCUCUAAACCUAGGCCUAGUAUCCAGUGUGAGGCCAGGCAAGGGGCUGGAGCUGAGUGUAGUCACCAGGUCACAGACUGUUGUACUGAGGGCCAGCAAUCGUGUGGAUCAUGAGCAGUGGCUUCAGUCUCUGGUGGAUGCAGCAGCUCUCCCUAACUCCAAUCCCUUCCCUGCUCGGCCCGGUGUGCUACACUUCCGCUACUCCAGCCAGAAUCAUCAUGAGAACAUAAUUGAGAGGGUGAAGAACUUCCGUUGUCCUUCGUAUGCGAUGAUGUCUGAGGAAACGACGACAACCACUCCUGCACCGUCUGGAAGCUAUGAAACUUCAACUUCAUCUUCUCACAGUUCAGAUAUUGGCAGAAGUUCAGGAUGCAUGCUACGCAGAGUGCUGUCUGACAGCAGAACUCUUCUUCAAAGACCUUACAAACGAAGGAACUCUGCUAGGAAAUCCGCUCGCCUGAGUAAAAUUGCGUUCAGUGAUACCUCCAUACCUGUCAGUUCACAAGAGCCUACAGUUUCACAAAGUGAAAAGUGUCAGAGCAUGCAGGAACUAAGAAACAGUGUGUGCAUGAGUGAGGAAAAUGUCUUGUCUAAGUGCAUUAGAAGUGAGAGUUCAAAGGAAAUUGCAAAACCAACUUUGAGUGGGAGUAAAGAAAGUAGGUUGUCCAACUCGAUCAAAAUAGAGUUAAAUUUAGAAGACAUCGAUCCAACAAAUGAAGAAGGAAUGAAAGAGCAGAAAAUAGGAAAUGUUAAGAUCACCUUAGACGGGUGUAAAAUUUAUGGAAGUACCGAUCUAAAUAUUGAACCGAUAAAACCAAUUGAGAAAGUAAAAGAAAAUGGUAAAUACACUGAGAAUGGUAAAGUUGAUAAAAGGGAUCUGAAUAUUCAUUUGUACAAUAAAGAAGUAAGGAGCGAAACAGAUCUCACAGUCAAACAGAAAACAAGAGCACAGUCUGCAAGCUGUGAAAACAUGCAGACGUUGGACAGAAGCAUUGGCUCUACCUACAAUCAUGCUACAGAAAGGAUAGAAGCCAUUGGGAGAGAACAAAAGAUGUCAAACUUGAUAGCCUCAGAAACUUCAGGCAGAAAAUCAAACAAAAAACGUUCAAAUUCUAUCCUAACUAGGUUCAGAGACAGCAGAGCUGAAAAUGAGGACGGAUUUUUGGAACGCAAAGGCACCAUCAAAAAACGGCUCAGUUUCUUGAGGAAGGUGUGGAAAAAGAGAGAAAGGAAGAUGGAGGAGGAAGAUUAUGAAUCUGCUGAUUAUGAUUCCAUUCCUGAUGUCAUAGAACUGCCCAGUCCAGAAAGUGAAAAGGCUGAACAGUUGCUGUUGUCCCUGGAGAGACAAGAGUUCUGUCCUGAGCCAGAGCCACCUCCAGACUACGACAUGUCCAUCACUGAAGAACUUGAAAUACCCCCUAUGUUGCCACCACGACAAAAACAACGCCCUGUUUCUCCGUGGCAUGAUGUACCAAAAAACAAUAAACCAGUGUUACCAAUCGAGCCAGAACUACCACCACCCUUGCCAGAGAAGAAGGGAAAUAGGAAAACUCACCACGUUUUGAUAAAAAUCACAGAAAACUCGAGUUGUAUAGAGCAAAGUCUACCUUCCCUAGGAGAUGACUCUGUCAAAUGUAGGCCUCCUUCGAGGAAUGGAGAACAGAAGCUGGAAGACCUCGAUGUGUUGUUGGCUCAACUGUCUGAGGUGAACACUUACGUUGUGAGACAGAUAGACGUGUCAGAAACAGAGGAGGGAAACGUUGUACAGGUGUCUGCUGCUCCAGAGCCACUGUAUGAUGUUCCUCGCCCUCACAUCUCAUUGUUGGCAACACUGCGUGCACAGACUGCUCGCUCAGAAGCAUUCGCUCCCACCCACUUCCUCUGCACCACCCCCCUCAUAGACACAGACUCUCUUGAUCCAGUCAUAACCAGGCUAGAUGCAGACAUCACACCAGACUCACUAGAGUGUGAAUCCCCCUGGUCUCUGAGUCAUCCUACCAACUCUAAUGACUCGAGCCACUCUCCAUCCAUGAUGACUAGUUUUAUCACCAGUGAAGACAAACAGUUCCCUGACUCACUUAACUCAUAGAUUUAUAAUACCCCUUCUGCCAAUGCUUCUUCAAAAAAUCAAACACUUCUCCAUCUUGCUCAGACCUUUUUUUAAUGCCUCAACUCAUUGUUACAUGCUGCCUUACUUGCUCAACCUGUUCUACUUGGUUACUAUUGUACUUUAAAUAAUAAAUUUUCACUUAGCAUAAAAAUGGCUCAGUAUUAUUUGUGAAUAGUUUUAGUUUGUGUAU